AAAGCUAAAACUGAUAUGCGACGUGUUUUAAGGAGCAAAUCCGCCGUUUUCUUGGUUAUCUUGACCUGAAAAUUUCAGUUGGGCGUAAAUUUUACUAAACAAGGCUCGAUUUGGUGACACAAAAACAGCAAGUUUGUUUUAAAACCUCUACGUUUGUUUGCUUUUCUGAUUUCUAAUUGACAGUCAAGUUAGCCGAUUUGGUCCAGUCCUGUAGAAUCUACCAUGGGGAAGUCCAAGCAAACUGGAAACCACAAGAAGAAGCCCUUGACAAAGAAUUUAAAAACAAAGCGCAGGACCAAAGACCUGGACCAGAUCCACUCCGACAUGAAGCCUGCCACUGCUGCCAAGCUGCUACAUCAGGAGGUGGAUUACGAUGUGACAGGAUGUGCACAACAUUACUGCUUACACUGCGCGAGAUAUUUUGUGGAUAUGAGAUCAUUGAAGGAACACUUUAAAAGUAAAGUGCACAAAAAAAGGUUGAAACAGCUCAGAGAGGAGCCCUACACCCAGGCAGAGGCAGAGAGAGCCGCAGGUAUGGGUUCCUACAUACCUCCAAAAAUAAUCGAAGUGAAGACGCAACCUGUGGAAGAGGACAUGGACUAAGAGUUGCCCACUCCAACCCGUGGACUGAUAAAUUCAAUAACAGAAGAAAUAACAAAGUGGAUCAUGUCACUGUUAUUCCUUGCUGUCACAAACAUUGAGUGCAUUGUUAAAUGCUGUUUUUGUGACAUAUUUCAAGUCUGUCUUUUAGACAUCUGGCUGUCACCAUAAUCAGCAAGACCUACCUGAUAUUGGGUAAUCUAAUGUAACACGUACCUCUGUAAAUACUGAGUGUGUGUAGAACUGUGUGGAAUGAUAUUAAACUUUAUCAGAAGACCUA